UACACUAACUAAAGUCCUCACGCAUUAGUCAGAGUCGUUAGUACAUACUAGUAUACAUGUUAAACUUGCAUAUCCCUCAUUUUUGACUCGGCACAGAAUGGCAUUGGUAGGGUUUGGUUCAGUGUUUGUAGUUCUAGGAUUUCUGACUAUCGUAUCAUCGGUAAUUCAGGAAAAGUUGGUGAAUAUAAUUCAUAGCCAUCAAUCUUGGCAGUCGUCUGCAAGACUCUGUGAGCAAACCAACAACAAGCUUGCAACCUUUAAAACUGUGGAGGAAUUCCUUGACGUCCAGAGUCAACUUCAAGAUUUUACCAACCGCAGCAUCGCCACAUUUUGGCUCGGGGGCAGGGAAAUAAAGUCACUGUGGGUAUGGUCUCACGACCAGAGGCCGCAGAUCGGCAGAACCCGGGGCUGCAUGGAGGGAUCCCUGCCCCUGGUCGUCUCCAGUGUACUACAGAAUAACUUCCCCGAGCUCUGUACGGCCUUCUGUAAGGUCACACUGAAGAGACAAUUCGCUGCUCUUCAGGGUAGCAGGUGCUACUGUCUGUACGACACAGCGAGUCUCAGGGAGACAGAGAUACAGGGGUGUAGCACGCCCUGCCCCGGGAACCCGGAGGAGUUCUGUGGGGGGACAAACCGUUCCUCAGUCUUCUCCACAUGGGAUUCAGUAGAAUGGGGCUACCAAGAACCUUCACUACGAACAUACGGGAAGGACUGUGCUCUACUGAUGCAUUAUGGGACAAAUUCAGAGUGGUCUACAGAGUACUGCAGACAGAAACACGAAUUUAUCUGUCAUGUUGAGCAAAGCGAUGUUUGCGACUGGCUCAAUCAACCAACGCCUUGUCUGUACGCCGUGUCGAAAAAGAUGGAUUGGUACUCUGCCAGCCACAAGUGUAAUCAGCUACAUGGUUACUUAGUGGACCGGGACGCCAUACUUCAUCGUAAUCUGAAUCUUUCAAACGUUUAUUACUGGACUGGAUUGACUAGGACGCGGCAGAUUUGGACUGACGGCUCCACAAUCGAUUUAUCAUUAAGGCGCCACAUCCCAUUCUUAUCAAUGCAGGAAAAGUUAUGCAUAGCCUUACAGUACCGACAGAGAGAAGGCUGGGGGUUGGCAUCCACGGACUGCAGCAAGAAAUACCCAGCGCUGUGUCAACCAGACAGGAAGUAUGCCAUUGAAGAUAUACAGGAGAUCGGCCCACCUAAUGGACCUGCCUUCUUCAACAACGAUAGCCACACUACACAUGUGAAGACCACCACAGAGACAUUGACAACGAGUGACAGUGAAACACUCUAUAUGAAGGCAAAUUUGAUGUAUUGGAUACUUAUCCCCACAGUUUCCAUGGUUCUCUUGUUUCUUUUCGUUCUGUUCGUUGGUGUUUACGUUAAAAGAUCAAAAAAAACUAAAACAACAAAGGAGAAAGUCAUCGAACCAUUUUAUUACAUACUAGAGAAGCAAAAACCUCGGCCGCACAGUGGGGUUUACAAUCAUAUAUUCAUGGAGAAUCAGUAUAUUCUAAACUACAGCCAUCUUCACUUUAACGGAACCCUAAAACAGAUGGUGCAGGACAGUACAGCCAUAACGACGGCGGAGGAAAACAGUGACAUUCAUCCAAAUUACUACGACACUAUGAACUGUAAAUUACACCAAUACGACAGGGUGUCACGUGGUAAAGUGAAGGUAUACUGUGUGCAGGGACUAUAUGAGACUGUCAUGUGAAGUUGA